AUGGCCCUUAGGCCGAGUACACACACUACACCCUUCGCGAUUGACAGCAUUCUCAAUGGCAGUCUAGGACGAAAGAGACUCAGUGAAGAGUUGUCAACAGGGAAGGUGUCUGUGGAUUCUGCUUGUAGUCCAAUCAAAUUCACCCCGGAGUCGGACGAAGGCCUCUCCACCAAUACCACCUCUUCAGUUUCUAUCAACAUCUCUCCCACACAAUCAGCAGAUGUUCCAGUGUCUCUACCAAAAACACCGACACUGCCGCCGCCAUUUCAAACCUUCCCCUACAGACUCAGUACAAAUCCCUUUGAAUUUCGCAGAAGCAGCCUCUACAAUUACUUCUCCGUCCCUCCACACAAUUCCUCCACUACAAACGCGUCACACUCAUUGGACAAUGGCACUGAAGGUGACGAUGAGGAUGACAGUGGAGAAAUCUUUCCUUCCACGUCUUUCCAGUUCCGCACUUCGGAACUGCGUCGUCGCCGCACCUCCACACCUUCUAUCGCCUCACUUUCCGGGGUCGUAGACGCCGGUCGCAGGAAACGCGCUCGUGUUUCCUUCUCCUCUAGCCAGGUCCACGUCUUAGAAGAGCGAUUUGAUCGACAAAAGUACCUCAGCAGUGCUGAACGCGCCGAGAUGUCACGAGACCUGGGGCUCUCUGAAACCCAGGUGAAAAUAUGGUUCCAGAAUCGGCGCUAUAAGACCAAGAAGCGAGCUUUACAAGAGGCGAUUGAGCUGCAGCGCUGUGAUACUACGAUGGAGGGCGUGACAAGUUUGUACCAUCUUGCGUCAACAGCUGCAUCAUCUGCCGCAGAGGCUCCAGAGACCCAGAGAUCUUUCCCACUGCCUCUUAGCCUAUCAAUGUCCCCCAAUGAGGCGAUUCAAGAGAGAAUUGUGCAGAUUAUCAGCGAAUAUGGUCCCAUACUUCCCUCCCCAUGGAGGCAUAGGAACAAUGGAGAACGAGAUGAGAAUGACGUGGCUAAAACACGCUGCUAUCGGUAA